AUUACAGAAAAUAUCAGCCAGUAGAUACAAUUCAGGACUGUCUACUCGAAUAUGCCAUUGAAAGGAAGACACUUCAUUUUCCUCCGGCUCAUCAAGAUAGGCCUACAGUAGUUUGUAAAAUGAUUGGAAUUGACAGUGGCCAGCAUUAAACUGCAUCAAUAACACCACCCACCUUACUGUGUUUUUAUGAGGAGGCUCGGGAGGCAAAAUUAAGCUGCUGUCUGGAAGAACAUGGCCCGGGACACAGCAUGACUAAGAAGAUUAGAUAAGAUUUACUCGUGAGCAACACUGCUCUCACAGCACUGGACACAGCAACAGGCAGGAUAGGAGAAUGUGAGGUGAUACUACAACAGCAUGGUGAUGCAUGUCCUGUGGCGUGCGUUUGCAUGGACAUUCAAGGGUCUGCUAUGUACCUGCAGGUUCUUCUGGGUGAGCCCAUACUACUCAAUCAAAUACAUGCCCAAUGAACCUCACAGAACAGGAAAGGAUCACAACCAUCAAGUGAAACAAAAAACAGCCUCUGCGGAAAUACCAGGAAGUCAUUGUAGCAGUGCCAUGCAGAGGAGACUGUCCAAAGCUGAGAGGGAGAUCCAGGCCCUCAAGACCCAGAUUACCUUUGAGAGGGCUACAUGGGAGAGGAAGUUUGUGGAAACGCAGAGGAAACAACAGGACCUCCGUUAUCAGCUGAUCUCUGAGACUGUAGCCAGCCCUGGAAGUCUACUUCAGGUGGGCAGCUUUGAGGACCUUGGCGAUUCAGAGGUGAAGAACAGACAUCCUUACGAUGAAAAGGACCAGGACAGCUCAAGCAGCUUGAGCCAUUCCAACCAAAGCAGAGGGUCUGAGACGAUGUCAUCAACAGGCGACACAUGCCAAAGCAGCUUGUCUGGCAGCCAGGUCUCAUUGAACUCAGCAUUUGGCUCCAGACCCAUUUCUGCUCUGUCUACAGCCACCAGUGGGAGCUCCUGGAGGAGCUACAUCGGUCCACACCGGGUCUUUGUGCCUCACUCCCCCCUAGACCUGCAGACGGGACACCGGGUUCGAGUCCUGCUGCCCUCGGGACGGAUCAGCACAGGCACGAUUCGUUACCUGGGCCACCUGGACGGGGAGCCAGACUUCCAUAUGGGAGUGGAGCUGGAAUCACUUGAACACGGGCAGCAAGAUGGCACACACAGGGGGCAGUGCUACUUUGAAUGCGAGACUGGCCACGGUGCCUUUGUGCCAUUCACCAAGCUGUUGAUGGCCUGGGAGUGAUGAAAUCAGUCUCUAUGGUGGAGGGUCACAUCUUGGAUGAACCAUUUGAACUCUUUGGCAUCAAUCACGAAUGGUCUCUGAAAGCGAUCUUACACUACCGGUUAAAAGUUUUAGGACACCUAUUCAUUCAAGGGUUUUUAUUUAUUUGUACUAUUUUCUACAUUGUAGAAUGAUAGUGAAGACAACAUGCUUCGAAGAUCAUAGAAUUGUCAAUAUCGGCCCUGUAUUAAAGACCAACAUUGGCUAAAGAAAAAGAGAACAAAAUGAUAAGAAAUACUAUAUACAGUAGUAUAUACUGUAUAUGUGGGAUGAGCACUAACACCGUUUUCUUUGUGUUCAGAAAUAAAAUAACACUCUUGUAGCCUCGAAUAGUAAUAGCUUAUCAUGCAUUUCGAUUAAAGUACACUUAUACAGUAUAUCUUGUUCAUGACAUGGCCGAUAGAAACAUUUGGUAUUAUGGAUAUGCAAUGCACAUUUAGAGUCUCUCAAUGACUACUAGAACAUACAGUGCUGUGAAAAAGUCUGUCCCCCCUUUCUGAUUUCAUCUGUUUCUGCAUAUUAUCAGAUCUUCAACCAAAAGCUAAUGUUAAAGGGAACCUGAGUUUACAAAUAACAGAAAAAAAGGUAUACUUAGAGUAAUUAUGGAACACCCAAUUCCCCUGUGUGAAAAAGUAAUUUCACUCAAUAACGGGUUGUGCGACCUUUAGCUGCAAUGACUGCAACCAAAUGCUUCCUCUGGUUGUUGAUCAGUCUCUCACAUUGCUGUGGAGGAAUU